ACUUUCUGUGGGACUUGUCCUGUUCAAUGGCUGCGUGGCAAAAAUGUGUUUAGUUUACAUAAAAUUCCAACAAAUGAUUUUAAAAUACAAAGAUUGUUGCCUUUUAAUAUUCUCUUGAGGCAAAAUUAGUUCUUAUUUUAAGCUUACAAACACUUAAUAAGCUUAUUGACAGUAUAAAAUGCAAAAACGUCAACUUUUCUUUUUGAAUAGUUCAGUAUAGGAUUAUUUCCAUAUAUUUCAGUUUUUCUUGCUGAUUUUUUCAAGAAUAUUUAAGCAUAACAAUUUCAUUUAUGAUUGGAAGUCGGGCUAGGUCCUGCAAAGAGAGCGAUCUAUUGGUUCAUGUAAUAGACUAAAUCUUUUGGGAUUAAGACAUUAGUAUUGGGGCUAUUUGGUAAAUCGCUUUUUGCUUAGCUUUUUAGUUGGGUUUUGGCUUUUGGUUUGUUGGCCGGUCAAACACCUAAAAAAGUCUUUGUUAAAUUAAGUUUUUUAGUUGGCUUUUGGCUUAUUGACUUACUUUUUCUCUAAUAAACAGCCAAUAUCUAAAUUUACCCAACACCUUCAUUGUUGUUUCAAUGUCAUUUUCAGUUGAUGACAAAGCUUGAUGUAUGCGGCGAGGCGUGAAGUUCAUAUCUAAGAAUUAUAAACUAACUCUUUCUGUUACUAUUUGCUCAGCCCUCUCUGGCCUGUCUCUUCCUCCUGAACUAUUGAGACAUUAUCACAUUUACAGGUGUCAAAGUUCAUAUCCUUCUGUUGUUCAUCUGAAUAUACUGUGUAAUUUCUAUCUGAUCUUCCUAGUUUAUCUUAAAUAUUUUCGUAUUUUUUGAAAUUCGUGCAUAAAGCAUGACAUCUACUGAUAUCGAGAGUCAGACCUAUCCUCUAAGUGAAACAAAUAAUGAGCAAAAGGAUGAAACAUUGCCUUUGAUUAUAACAAAGGAAGAUGCAAAUACAGCUUCAUACUUAAGUGGAGUUUUCAAUUUGUCUUGCACUAUUGUUGGUGCAGGGAUUAUGAGCUUACCUGCUGCUAUGAAAAUACUUGGUGUUAUCCCAGGUGUUCUUUUGAUUUUGGUUUCUGGGUUUUUAACCAAGUAUUCCAUUGAGAUAUUGCUUCGUUACAGCGAAAAUGGAGGAUCGUACACUUAUGGGCAACUCAUGUACGAUUCGUUUGGAAGGAUCGGAGAGAUUUUGUUUCAAAUUAGUGUUAUCAUCAAUAAUACCGGCAUUACAAUCAUCUAUUUGAUAAUAAUCGCUGAUGUGAUUUCGGGCUCAACAACAAGUAGUAUUCACCACUCGGGUGUGUUAGAAGAAUGGUUCGGAGAGCAUUGGUGGACAGGCCGUGCCUUUGUGCUGAUUUUCCUGACUGCUUUUGUAUUGGUUCCAACAGCAUGGAUCAAGCGUAUGGAAGCUCUGCAGUACACUUCUGCAAUAGCAGUUGCGCUGGCGGUGUUUUUCAUUCUUAUUGUCAUUGGGAUCACAUGUUACAAGAUGGCAAUGGGGACAAUAACGGAACCAGCACUCUUUCCUCGGGUAGACGAUUUUGCGUCUGUUUGGAACUUGUUCACCGCGGUUCCUGUGCUUAUUUGUGCAUAUCUUUGCCACUAUAAUGUGCAUACAAUACGAAACGAGCUACAUGAUCCUUCUCAAAUGCCAGGGGUAGUGAAGUCUUCUCUUGCUGUCUGCAGUACAAUCUACAUAAUGACAGGCUUAUUCGGGUUUCUUCUGUUUGGUGACUCAACUGCUUCGGAUGUACUCUCUAACUUCAACUCAGACCUUGGUGUUCCAUACAGCUCAGUCUUAAAUGCUACGAUUCGUCUCAGCUACACAGCCCAUAUUGUGCUCGUAUUUCCAGUCGUCUUUUUUUCCCUUAGGCUUAACUUCUAUGGCCUUGUAUACAACUCCGCUGUUCCACUUACUUCAGAUAAGAGAAGAUCAGAAUUUGCCAUUAUCACAUUGAGUUUGAUUCUUGUUAUCCUUUUAGGAGCGAUCCUUAUUCCUAGUAUUUGGGUGGCUUUUCAGUUUACUGGUGCAACAGCUGGAGCUUUGAUCUUGUUCAUAUUUCCUGCUUCUGUUACUUUAAGGAACCAUCUCGGAAUUUCGACAAGGAAAGACAAGCUUUUUUCAUGGGGUUUGAUCGGCCUUGCAGUAUUUUCAGAUCUGGUAGCUAUAUACAGCAACGCGGUUUCCUUGCUUUGAAUUGUUUGUUUUCCCUUUUAGUUAUAUGUUUUUGAUAAGUGUUAUACUUCUUCCCAAAUAUGGUGCUUUUUUGGGUGGAUGGGAACUUUGAGGUGUAUUAUUUGUUCUUGUGCUGUGAAUAUGAUGCAUUUGUACCAUUUUCUUGUAGGGUUGAUCUUCCUAUACUGUAUAAAUUGUAGAAACUGUUCACAUACUAUCAAAAUGUUAUUUACUGG